UUUAACUGCUAUGUACUCGUUUUAGAAGUAGCUGUUACAAGCAAAAUAACAAAGUAUCUUUAGAAGCUUAAUAAAAUGGUAACCACACAUUUUUUUAUUACUGGCCCUCCAGGAAUUGGAAAAACAACAUUAGUAAAGAAGGUGUGUACAUCUUUAAAGAAACAAAAAAUCCCAUGCCAUGGGUUCUACACUGAAGAGGUUAGGGUACAAGGAAGACGAACUGGGUUUGAUGUUGUAACCCUGGAUGAUAAGAGAGCAGUUCUAGCCAGGACAGAUGAAACAACAGCAAGAUCCAAUAUGAGAGUGGGGCAGUAUGCCGUUGACAUAAAAUCAUUCGAACUAACAGUAUUACCAAUUCUGGCUUCUAAGGAGGAUGGAGUGCUGGUAAUUGAUGAAAUUGGAAGAAUGGAGCUCUGUAGCAAAAGGUUUGGUGAAAAUGUAUUGCGGCUUUUUAAAGAUAACAGGAUUGUCAUUGCCACUAUUCCUAUCAGACCUUUGCCUUUUGUUAGCCAACUAAAAUCUGAAAAUCCUUCAGCUGUUGUUAUUGAGGUCAACAGAAUCAACAGAAAUGAACUCGAACUACAACUGACAAAAAUGGUUGUGGAUGUACUUCAAUAAUGACAUCAGUUUCCUUACAAACAGUCAUCACUAUUUUAAGUUUUAUGACCAUUCUCAAAAUAAUAAAUCUCAUAACUGU